UUCUAUCCCGUCUCUCCUUGCCUCUACCUCCUUUUCCUCCUCGAGUGUCUGCAAAGUAGUCAAUCUUUCUUCUUAACAUCAUCGGUUUUACAAUACUCGUAUAAUUGUUUUUCUCAAUUUUUAUUUAUCCAUUGAUCUUGAGAAAUUGUUCUUUUCUGAUCUGUUAUUUUAUCUGCUCAACAAUGGAGUAUUUGUGUUCGUCUGAUAAUAUUACGAGAGAUUGAAUUCUGAAGAAGGCAUCGUGUACCACCAUAAAAUAUACCAUGAUAUCUCAUCUAUGCGAGUCUCUGCUGCCACAUUUUUGUCUUUUCUGGAACUGGUAGAUGAUAGCUGUUGUGUUGACUGAUGCUAUUGUCGAAAGUAGCUGUUGGUGGACAGGAUAACCAUAUGUGUUAUGAACAGAAGAAAGCCAGCAAUGGAGUGAUGGGAGAGAGGCAAGGUUAUGGGCCUUAUGGCUCAUCCAAUGAGGAUGUGACUAGGGCAGAUGGUGCAGUUGCUGAUGUAGUGAAUGGACCUGGAGCGGCUAUUCAAUUACACGAUGGUUUGCAGAUACAACAACAACCUCAAGGUUCUGCUACAAUAAUACAUUGGGAAAGGUUUCUCCCUACUAGGUCGCUGAAGGUUCUUUUAGUGGAAAAUGAUGAUUCUACACGUCAUGUUGUCAGUGCUCUACUACGGAAUUGCAGUUAUGAAGUCACUGCCGUUGCAAAUGGAUUUCAAGCUUGGAAAAUCCUGGAAGAUCGGAAUAACCAUAUUGAUCUCAUCCUAACAGAGGUAGUCAUGCCAAUUUUGUCGGGAAUCGGUCUCUUAUGCAAGAUUAUGAGCCACGGAACUUUGACAAAUAUUCCUGUGAUUAUGAUGUCAUCUCACGACUCUAUGGGUAUUGUCUUUAAGUGUUUGUCAAAGGGUGCAGUUGAUUUUCUUGUGAAACCUAUUAGAAAGAAUGAACUUAAGAACCUGUGGCAGCAUGUCUGGAGGAGAUGCCACAGUUCUAGUGGCAGUGGAAGUGAAAGCGGGACCCAGACAAAAAAAUCUGUAAAGUCAAAAAGUAAUGAUGACUAUGAAAAUGAUACCAGCAGUGGUGAUGAGCAAGAUAAUGGCAGUAAUGGACCUAGUAUUCGGGAUGGAAGUGAUGAUGGAAGGUGCACUCAGAGUUCAUGGACAAAGAGGGCUGCUGAAAGUGAAGGUCUUCAAUCAUUAUCGCCCUCCUGCCCACUCGUGGAUGGUCCUGAUAGUACUUGUGCCCAGGUGAUACAUUUGAAGCCUGAAACAUAUGGCAACAAGUGGGUGCAUGUUACUGAGACAAAAGAGUGCCCAGAACAGGAUGAACGACUUGAAAAUGCUGCGAUGGGCAAAGACUUGGAAAUUGGAGUAUCUAAACCAGAUUCACGACUUGAGUAUCAGUGCGAGACAUCUUCACGCCCAUCGAGCAAAUGGCAAAACAAGUCAUCUGAAGUAGAUAGUAAGCUGCCCAAUAAUACUCAACUGGAGGUCAAUAAUGAGAAUAUAAGCAGCAUGCGAACAGACGAAGGCCCAAAAUUGAUAAAUUCACUUACUAACUAUUUUAACCCACCAGCUGAAAGCAAAGACGUUGAUGCUUCAAAUGAUCCUUUUGGGAUAUCACUUGUCAGGGAUAAAGCAUGUUGUGUUUCUGGAGAAUUUCCAUCCCUUGAGUUGACUUUGAAAAGGCUUAAAGGAACUGGAGACAGUGGAAAUACUACAACUGAUGACCGUAAUGUUCUAAGACAUUCAGAUCUGUCAGCAUUCUCAAAAUACAAUACCGCCUCUUCUGCUAAUCAGGCUCCCACUGCGAAUGUAGGUUCCUGUUCUCCACUCAACAAUAGUUCUAUUGCAACUAAGACAGAAAAAAUGCAGCAAAGUCCACCUGAUUUGAAUGGAGCUCCUCUCAAUCAGCAGUCUGAUGGAAGUAGCAACAACAAUGAAAUUGCCUCCACUGCAGAAUAUGUUACCCCUAAGCCUGAAGCUUUCAAUGUUCAGUCUGAUUCGACAUCAGCAUUCAAAUCAUUUCAGUCUUCUGCAUUCCAAUCUGCUCAGAAUGACCGUGCCAGUGCAACUCUGCAAGUGACCCCUGUGAAGUCAGAUGAGUUGGUGGUUAACACAGUUCAAGCACAUCACAGAAGUUCAUGCCAGCAGGUCCAAGUCCAGCAUCAUCACCACCACCACCAUCAUCACCAUGAUCAUUAUUAUCAUGUCAAUACCAAGCAGAAGCAUCAAUCACAGCCAGAUCAUGAUGAUACAUCAUUAAGGAAUAUGGCAUCAACUGCUCCACUAUGUGGGUCAUCUAACAUGUUAGGAGGUCUCCUUGAAGGUAAUGCUGGAAACUACAGUGUGAAUGGGAGUGCCUCCGGGAGCAACCAUGGUAGUGAUGGGCAAAAUGGGAGCAGCACUGCCAUGAAUGCUGGAGCAACAAAUAUGGAAAGUGACAAUGGGGCAGCUGGUGAUAGUGGGACUGCUGCCAUCAGUGGGAGAGUGAGUGAAAAUGGAACAGAUGAUGACCGUAUUGCACUACGAGAGGCUGCCUUGAACAAAUUUCGUCAGAAAAGGAAAGAAAGAUGCUUUGAAAAGAGGGUACGAUAUCAAAGCAGGAAAAAGUUGGCUGAACAACGCCCUCGUGUCAGGGGACAAUUUGUUCGGCAGAUAAUGUCUGACAACAAAGCAUCCAAGGAUUGUCCUGGCAAUGACCUGAGCUACAAAGACAAUUCCAGUGAGAGUGCCAGAUAACAUUGGAAUGAUGGAGAUUGCUGAUUCAACCCUUGUUCCUGAUUGUGCAUGUUAAUCAGUGUACAUGACUCCGGCACUGAUGUUAUGUAAAUGGAUUUAUGGCGGAUGAUACUUGUUUCGGAGAUAUUUGUAAUCUUUGUAAAACUUUUACGAGAUACUUUUAGCCUGUGUUUUAUUAGGUCGGACUCUUGUGUUUGUACACCAUGAUGGUUUUAUAUGGCAGGCAGCCCUUGCAUAGGGUAACCUCCGGUCCAAUUAAUCGGUCAUGGUAAUGCAUUUAUGUUUCUCUAAA